GAGCCUAUUGUCAGAACGUCUCUCCAGGAGGUUACAUCAUAAUCUGUACCAGGAGGGAAGAGGACUGGGUUCCUCUUACUGAUGAGUGGGACAGACUGAGCUGCUGGAGAACAAACUGCUUCAAAAUGGGCAUCAACACUGUGAUGAUCAUGGCGGUUCUGCUUGGUGUCUCUUUGACUCCUUCCUUAACCACACAAGCAGGCCUGAGUGAGAAAGUCCUGGUCUUCCCCUAUGAGACGGACUUCAGCUUCGUGGCCCUGAUCCCCCAGAAGGAGAUGGGUCUCAGAGCCUUCACCCUCUGCAUGCGUGUGGCCACCGAGCUGCCGGAGGAGCGGCAGAUCAUCCUGUUUGCCUACCGCACGGCUGACUACGACGAACUCAACGUGUGGCGUGAAAAAGACGGCCGCGUCUCCUUCUACCUGAGUGGCGACGGUGUCUUCUUCCACCUACCGCCACUCAGCACCUUCCGCAGCAGCCUCUGCCUCACUUGGGAGUCUCGUACGGGUCUCACUGCCUUCUGGGUGGAAGGCAAACGCAGCACCUACCAGGUCUACAAGCCGGGUCACAGCAUCCGUCCGAAGGGCACCAUCCUAUUGGGCCAGGACCCGGACAAACACCUGGGAGGACUGGAGGCCACACAGAGCUUUGUUGGGGAGAUGACUGACGUGAACAUGUGGGACUUUGUGCUUUCCAGGAGCAUGAUCCAAGCCUGGCACUACGGGCAUAAAGUCCCCAAGGGAAACAUCUUCGACUGGGGCACCAUUGAGUAUGAGCUGAGUGGGAACGUGUUGGUGGUGGAUGAUGACUGACUUGAUGUGUUGGUUCAUGCAGACAGAGGUCAGGCUGUGGAGGUGAGUUUGGGACUGGUACUGCUGUUCACAAGUCUUUCUUAAACUUACAGCUAUUCUUCUGUGCAGCCCUUCAGACUCUGUUUCCUGUAAAAUCUCCAAAUAUUAUUUGUGUUUUUGUGGUCCUCCAUCUUGGCUCAAUGCACUCAUACAUCUGACCUUUUUCUACAGCACAAAUAGCAAAACACUACUACUGAAGUUCCACUAACACCUUCAAAUUCAAAGUUCUAAUUUUUGCCUUUUCAUUUUUAAAUCUCAAAGUUGGUGAUUUAUUUCCAUAUAAAACUAUGUAACAGGGGGCUGCAUGGUGGUGCAGUUGGUAGCACUGUUGCCUUGCAGCUAGAAGGUCCUGGGUUCAAUUCCCAGCCUGGGGUCUUUCUGCAUGGAGUUUGCAUGUUCUCCCUGUGCAUGCAU